CCCAGUUGGUCCAACGUCACCGGCCAAGCCCGCUUUGUGCCUCUGUGUAAGAAAUGCAUCCUACUGAGGCGCGGAUUUGAACACAGUGGUUUGCGAAAAUGUUGUCUUAUGCAGUCGCUUUAAUCGGCAUUCUCGUUGUCUUCAACAGUCCUCUCAACGAUUUUUUAUUUUCCAAUGUGAAUCCGAAGCAAUGUCCAGGCCAGAUCCCGCAACUUCGUCGGAUCCCGCUGUCCAAACUCAACCUUAAAGAGGAUCUGAUUGCAUUGGAGGGCAACUCAUCGUUGCAAUGCAUGCCCCACACUCCCGCGCCUGUGGUCCAUGUCUACUCAAGGGAGCCAUUGGUGCUCUACAUCGAGAACUUCCUAAGUCUUGACGAGCGGGAGCACUUGCUGGGCAUUAGCUCCUCUGCCAAGAAUCGGUUACUAACACCCCACCCAAGUGAACCUCUCUUCGAACCCUCCACCACCACCAGCGAUGGCGGCCAGACUACCCACCGCAACACCACAGUCCGUGACUCCGAAGUGGCCGUGAUCCCCCGUACCGACCGCGUCCGGUGCAUCGAGAACCGCGCCCGCGAGAUCCAGGGCUGGAGGGAAAACGUCUUCAUCGAGAGGCUGCGUACCCAGCGGUAUCGCCAGGGUGGCCACUACAACCACCACUUCGACUGGAGUUCCAACCGUGGGGGUUGGGGCCGUGUCAGCAGCUUCAUGGUCUGGGUCGACGACGGUGAUGGCAGCCUGGUGGGUGGUGGUACCGAGUUUCCCCGCAUGAAGAGGUCGAAGGAUCCACGAUGGUGUGCUUUUAUUGAAUGUCCCGGGAAAACGGCCGACAAAGGAGAUGGACUGGAACAAACACCCGAAUUGGGCGUGACUUUCAAAGUCAUUCCGGGCAAUGCUGUCUACUGGGAGAAUUUCCGGUCGGAUGGUACUGGCAGAGGUUGGGUUGAGGCGUGGCAUGCUGGCUUGCCAGUCGAGAAAGGGGUCAAGGUUGGAUUGAAUAUUUGGAGCACAGGGUAUAUCGAGUAG